AUGCUUGCGGAUGCCGUGAACAUUCUUGCCGCCAAAGCAGCCAAGCUCAGGAAGCAGGGGCGCGACCCCUACGCCGCGCGGCCCGCGAAGAAGGGAUCCAAAGGGGCCAAGGCCGAAAAAGGCGGCGGCAAGGCCAAGGCGGCGGCCGCCGGGGCGCCAGGGCCGGGCGCGGCGGGCGGCGGCAGGGCUCCCAACGGCUACCAGCUGUUCUGCAAAGCCAACAAGCAGCGGCUCAUGGCGCAGGACCCGGCGGCCGAGACCAAGCACGCGGUCGCGAUCGUGGCCGCCGCGUGGCGCGCGCUCAGCGAGGAAGAGAAGCAGCGGUGGGCGGAAGACGCGAGGCGCGCGGGCGGCGCGCAGCAGCGGCGCGCGCCCGCCGCGUUGCGCAAGCGCGCGGCCGCAGCCAAGCCGGCGGCGGCGGCGGCGCGCAAGGCGGCUGGCGGGAAGGGCGGGGGUGCCGGAGGGGCUUCGAAAAGCCACCGCCGCAGCAGCAGCAGCAGCAGCGGCAGCGGCAGCAGCAGCGGCAGCGGCAGCGGCAGCGGGCGGCCCCUAAACGCGUACCAGCUUUUCAUCCGCACCAACAAGGAGCGGAUCUCAGCGGGCUUGGCCGCGGCCGCGGCCGCGGCCGCCGGCGGAGGGGCCGGCAAGGGCGGCGGCGUGCUUGCGGCUGCGGCGGCGGAGUGGCGGGGGCUGGGGCAGGAGGAGAGGCAGCGCUAUGCGGACCUGGCAGCACAGCAGCAGCAGCAGCAGCAGCACCAGGGCGCCGAUGGUUGA